CAGUUACCCAUGGUUCACGUUGUUGAUAGAUUACUUUUCCCUUGGAGGUUUUGGGUUAGUUAUUAAGUAUUUUAAACUUAAUUUAACAAAGAAUCCAACCCUCCAGUGUGGAUGGAUUGUGCUGUCAAUGCUCUUCCUGUGCCUAUCUUUUGCCUAUCCCUAUGAUACACCAUGAAGGUAGCAGGUUUAAAAGGAGCUGUGUUAGAUCCAAAACAAGAUACCAUCCCGCCUGUGGAGGGGCUUCUUUGCAACCUCCCUUCUGGUCCUCACUGUGCCACCCCAGUGACUGUGCUGGGACAUGAUGGGGAUGCAGCAGCAAACUUGAGGCGAAGGGCAUUGAGGCAGGAGAGCCAUGCUCCCGACGACUGCUCCAUGUAUCACCUGUUUUAGUAGUCUUCUGAAUUAAUUCUUGCUGGAGCAUAUCUUCUGGAAAAGCCAUCCAGUGCAGAGAAGCAGACAUAGUGCUGAUGGAGAACCCACCGGUGCCAUUUGUUCUGCUGGUCAUUUAUUGCAUGGGCUGUUCAGGAGCACGUUGCACUUUGCCCUCACUUGGAAUCUGCGUAGUUCUGACUUCCCGCAGUGCUGGGUGCUGUACUGCUGCUCUGCUCCCUCUGAAGGACCUGCUUGCACCUUCUAACCUCUCUGAAGGCAGCCAGGGUGUCCCUGGGCAGUUAACCCUUCCCCUGUGGAGCUGUACCUGUGUCUUAGGUGCUCCUCAGUUACUCCUGGGAUCUUCAGACCUUAAUCAGACUUCACUGAAGGCUCUAGUAGUGCCUGAGUGCAGCGCCUGUAGUGGUUGUGGGGUGCAGAGCACAAAUACCCUCUCUUAUCCUCCUGGAGAUCUCACAUUUAUCCAGCCCAUGCUCCCAUCUCCCACAUGCUUAUGCAGUGCUGGAGCCUGGCGAUGUGCCCCUGUCUUUGAGGGAGUUUUCCACGCUCAGAGGCUGUUCCUGCACAUGCCCCAAGGAGCUGGUGGGGCUGAACCUUUCCUGGAGGACCAUGGACUGAAAGAGGAGCUUCACCAGACCUCAGCUGCUGGUGCCCUUCGCCUGGACCCUGAUGGACUCCACGUCAGGACUGCAUUACCAUGGUGAUGAUCUUAACCAAAACGCGGCAGAACAAAGGUGCUGACUCCGUAACAGGCAGGACUGAGCUGCACACUCCAAAGAUGAGUCAAGGACCUACCCUCUUCUCUUGUGGCGUGAUGGAAAAUGACAGAUGGAGAGAUCUCAGCAGGAAAUGUCCCCUCCAGCUCGAGCAGCCGGGCGCCAGCAUCUGGGACUGCUUGUCGGACAAGGGCGAGGAGGGCUCGCGCUGGCCCAGGGACACAGCCACCACUUGCUCCGUCACCAACCUGAUCAAAGACCUCAGCCUCAGCGACCCCCAUGGCAACCCCUCGGCCCCCCCCAGCAAGCGCCAGUGCCGCUCGCUCUCCUUUUCGGAUGAGAUGUCCGGUUGUGGCUCCUCCUGGAGACCCCUGGGCUCCAAGGUGUGGACGCCGGUGGAGAAGCGGCGCUGUUACAGCGGGGGCAGCGUGCAGCGCUACUCCAAUGGCUUCGCCACCAUGCAGAGGAGCUCGAGCUUCAGCCUCCCGUCGCGGUCCAACCCGCUGUGCUGCGAGCAUCCCGCGCUCAGCAGCCGGCUGGGAUGCCAGCCGAGGAGAUCAGCCACCGGCGGGCGCGGGGGGGACAUGCAGAGGUCCCUGUCCUGCUCUCACGACCACUUCUCCUCCUCGGAGUACUGCGCGCCCUCAGCGAGCAGCACUCCUGCCUCCACACCGGAGCUGGGCCGACGGGCAGCGGGGCUCUCCCGGAGCCGCUCCCAGCCCUGCGUCCUGAAUGACAAAAAGGUUGGGGUCAAGCGGCGGAGACCGGAGGAGGUUCAGGAGCAGCGGCCCUCGCUGGACCUUGCCAAGAUGACGCAGAACCGACAGACAUUCAACAGCCUCACCUGCCUUAGCGCCGCGGCCGAGGACGGCUCCCGCCGCAUCCCAGCCCCACAUCCAUGGCCUGCAGCCCCCUGCUCCCCGGAGGUGAUGCCGGGCAGGACCCCCGCCUGCACCCCGGUGCCACGUUCGCGGGGCGAGGAGCACCGGGCCAGCAGGGACGACCUGUCCUGUGAGGAGGAGGAGGAUGCUGCAGCGUGGUGCGGUGCUGGGACCGGCACCGACAGCCUCUUCCAGCUGGAUGGAGAGCUUGACAUCGAGCAGAUAGAGAACAACUGAGGAGGGAGCGGGUCCUCUCGCCCGGGUGUCAGCAGAGCCGGGCAGGGCUCCCUGCUGCCGACAGUGGGGCUGUGGGGUCCUGCCACUGCUCCCCUCCGGAGGGGACGAAGCAGCUUUGCCAAAACUCAUCAGGUAUUUAGAGCAAUUUGUGUGCAUGCGUGUGUAAAUCUUGACAUUCUCUGUAACUACUGUAGCCGGAGCUCAGCUGGGUGGGGAACUGCUUUGUCCAACUGGGAACUGCCUUGUCCAACUGGGAACACCAGGCAUGGGGAUGGCCAAAAGCCUGCCUUUAGUGAGUAAAUGGCGUUUACCAACCCAGGGUUGGAGCUGAUGGGGCUGGCCACACUCCCCUGUGCUUGUUAAAGGGAUGCACAAGGAGAAACCACCACCUGUGGGACUGGAAAAAUGGGGGGAAAGCAGGAUAUUGAGGUUUUCAAACCAAGCGCUGGCUGCAGGGGAGGCUGCGGCUCCUUCUGCACCAUCCUGUGCAGCCCCAGCACCCCACGUCCCCAGCAGUGCCAUAAGGAGGAAAUCACAAGUGAAGAGUUUUGCUUAAAUUUCAUAUUGGUGAGAGCUGGAUUUUUACUUCUUUAUCCUUAUUUUCCUUUUCCUGACAAGGAAUUAAAGGGACUCCUGGCCCUCGUGCGGGGCAGCAUCCGCAGCCACGCUUGGUGGGCGCAACCCAAGGAUGCUGAAAUGCCUUUUUUCCCUAUAUUCCCAGUCUUCCCUAUUGUUCUUCCUCCCAGCCCCCUCUCUCAGACCCAUUGGUGACAAAGCCCCGAUCAGGCUCGGUGCCACCCUCCCCAGCACCCAGUUUGGAGCAGGGCUGGGCCGUGCCCCCGUUCACAGCGGCUGUGCCCUCUUUGCUACCCGAGGCACGGCUGCUGCCCUGGCUUGUGGCUCUGUCCCACUGUGAAGGGGGGCACAGCACGGGCUCACUUGACAAAGUCAGCUGGCCAAAGGCUGAAACCCCAGGUAGCAGCACUGAAAGCUUUUCCUCUCCCUGUGCCUUUCCUAAGCACAGAUAAAGUGACUGUUGUGUUUGUACCAUAUGAAUUCUCUUUGGUCAAUAUAAGCUGUCCCCUUGCUAACAGGUUUAGAAGGACGCAUAGGUUUUUGUUUCCCUCCCUCUUGCUCUGGUUUCCUGUUUGUUUGAAGCUCCAGUGAAGCUGUACGAGUGGCUUCCAACAUCUCUUGCAGGUUCUCGUGUGCUCAGGAUUUAGUUCCUGAGCUCUGCAAAGC